CCGCCCGCCGUCAGUGCUCUCGCGAUUGCCGUACGUUUGCGUCCGUAGUCUGUCGCGCUCGCGCGCGAGUCCCGACGAAAUCGUUCUCGCCAUAGGUAUAUCCGCACGCUCGGCGUGUCGGACGAUAUCAACGUUUUUUAGAAUAUUAUAAUAUUAUUAUUAUUAUCGUCGUCGUUAUUGAAUAUUAUUAUUAUUAUUAUUACACACUGCAAUAAUUAAUUACUGUUGUUUGUGCCGCCGUCCGAUCGCGUCACAAUAUUUCCACCGCGUUUCGAGACGCGUAGUCUCGUGAAAGUUUGUCCUGUCGUCGGCCGACGACGGCCACCGAACAAAGUAGUGGCGCUUCGCGCACGGCCUACUGUCGCGAGCCCGCCGCCGUUGAAAUGGAAAACAAAAAACCCAAAGAGAAGCGAAGAAAUUCUGAGAGACGAAAAGAAAAAUCAAGGGAUGCGGCUCGAUCUAGACGUAGUAAAGAAACUGAGAUAUUUACAGAUCUUGGAUCAGCAUUACCUUUACCAGCAUCCGUUAUUAGUCAGUUAGAUAAAGCAACUAUUAUGCGAUUGACUAUUGCAUCUUUCAAAAUUAUGGACGCUUUAUCAUCAACAAAUAUUGAUGUAAAACCUGAUGAAAAAGAUUGUCCUCCAAACAUAAGUGGAAUAUGUAACAAAGCAUUGGAUGGCAUUGUAUUAAUUACCACGGCCGAUGGAGAUAUAAUCUUCAUAUCAGAAAAUAUUUCCAGCUACUUAGGCUUAUCACAGAUUGAUUUAAUCGGACAAUCGAUUUAUGAGUUCGCUCAUCUUUGCGACCAAGCUGAGUUAAAAGAUAUUUUAACUAACAAAGACAUUGGUGAACAAAAGUCGUUUUUUGUUCGAAUGAAAUGUACUCUUACCAAUAAAGGGCGCAAUGUUAAUCUGAAAUCAGCAUCAUACAAGGUGCUGCAUUUUACAGGACAUUCAGUUAUCAACACUUGUGCCAAAAUAAAAUCAUCAAUUUUAUCAGGUGGAGAAUCUGAUUCAGACUACGAAUCAGAUAAAAAAACAGAUUCUGAUAGUAAAUCUAAUAAUAUUAAUUUAAAGUUUGAAAAAACUGAUAAUGAUUCUCCAUCUCAUAUAUUUGUGUCGAUUGCUGAACCAAUACCACAUCCAGCAAAUAUUGAGAUACCAUUGUAUAAACAGAGCAAGAUAUUUUUCAGCAAGCAUUCAUUAGAUAUGAAAUAUAUAAUCGCUGAUGAUGUUAUAACAAGCUAUGUUGGUUAUGAACCAGAUUCAUUGGUUGCAAAAUCUGUGUUUGAUUAUUAUCAUGCUCAAGAUUGUAAUUCGGUUGAAAAAAGUUUUAAAAUAUUAUUCGAGAAAGGACAGGUAGAGACAGACAGAUAUCGAUUUUUGUCGAAAGGAGGUGGCUAUGUUUGGAUAGUUACACAAGCAACUAUACUAAAUGAUCACAAGGGUUUAAAACCAGAAAGCAUUAUGUGUAUUAAUUAUGUAAUCAGUGGCGUGGAACACGGCGACGAGAUCUAUUCACUGUGCCAGCUAUCGCCGGUAGUCUGCAAGCCCGCCAUCCAAGACAAACCAUCAUCGCCGCAAAAGCAAAAGCAACAGCCACAGCAACAGAAACAACAACCUGUAACUUCUGCGAAAAAACCGUCGUCCACGGAAAAAGUGUUUAAGCCCAAGUGUUUGGUGGACUCUUCCACGUUCUUGUUGCCGGCAGGCAAUGGACCAGUUUAUCUGGACGUGAACGGUGACGGUAAACCGAGAGCCGUAUUGCAGUCGGUCACAUCUACCGCCAGUGUCAUUAAAAAGAAGCCUGAAUCGUGCUCGGAGAGCCCGAAAGCCACUACGUCCAAGAUUUUCGCCCCGCGAACCGAAGACAUGAACAAGGGAUUCCUGACAUUUUCGGAUGACGACACGGGACUAACCAUGCUCAAAGAUGAACCGGAAGACUUGACUCAUCUGGCCCCGACGGCCGGUGAUGUGUGCGUGCCGCUGGACACUUGUGGUCUCGGGCAUUUGGGCUUGUUCAUGUCCGACGUGCUUGAUGACCUCAUACUCACCGACUGUUCAUUGGCACCGUUUGACUCGUUGCCUGCAGCUCCGUCUCUGCACGAUGCGUACUCUUCUGCCUCCCGGUCUUCGCCGCCAAUGCACCACCUACAUCACCAUCACCUCCACCACGGCGGCGACGAACUGUCGCAGCACGCUGUCACCGACUUGUGCGAUCCGACCAUGUCCUCGCUGCUGGGCAUGGACCUGGACAAUAGUCCCAAUGACUUGGACCUGGACUUAUCGCUCAAGAAUCAGUUCAUACCCUUAUACGAAGACGACCUAUAUCCACUGCUGUCGGACGACCUUCUGUGGGGCAGUGGUGACAGGUCGCCUUCGCCCAAACCGUCGCCGACUGCGACCAAUCACCACGACGGCAGCAGCAGAAACAACAACUGGCAUGUGCCGACGACGGAAGAUAUCGUCGGGAAAAACUCGAUGGACAGAGAUGCGCCGCCGUCUCCGAGUCUGGCCAAGUUGCUGCAGAAAACCGACACAGAUGCACUGCCCUGCAGACAACAGCAUUUUGACAGCGGUGGCAGCCUCCUGCACAUGGACGGCGGUGACUCAUGGGGAUCAAUCAGUAAAAUGUUACACCAGCGGUACAACUCGGGUGGUUCCUCUGGGUCUGAACCUACGAUUGCUACGACAGAUCAGCGCCUCGGCCAACAUAAUCCCUUACGGCAACAACAACCACAGCAACAGCAACAGUUGGAUUGUAACGGAUCGGCAGCAGGAGGUGCCCGAGCCAAUGUUGGCGGUGUCAAGCGAACUGGGCCGAAUGCCACUGCAGCUGCGACCCCGUCGUCGUGGAAACGGUGCAGACAAGAAGAAACGGCUAAACAGGGUGCCUCUAACAGCGUGCUGAUGAACCUGCUGGUCAGCGGUUGUGAUGAUGACUCGGGAAAAACGUUGGUUGGCAAGAACUCUGUGGUGAAAAAUGAUUCGCAGCCGAGGCACCGGUCGAGACUAAAGGCCGUCUCGUGCCUGUUGGACCCGGGCAGCACUUCCAUACCGUCGCUGAUGGACCUGACCGCACAUGACUACGACGUGAACGCUCCGGCUGGUGGAGCUCUACUCCAGGGGUCGGAACUUCUGAAGGCCCUGGAAAUCGGAGGCGGCGGGGGUGGCAACAUAGCCGUCGCAUAGUUGCCGAAAAAUCAGAAGCAGGAGCAGGAGAAAAGAGAGAAGGAUAAACAACAUUUUUGAGCAUUAAUCAAUAUUUACUGCGUCUAUCACACACAUGUACACACACACACACACACACAAAUAAUAUUUGGUAUAUCUAUUAUUCCGGUUACAAACUUGAAAUGUCAUAACACUCUAAUGAUAAGUCACACUACGUAAUGUUUUUAACAUUCGACAAUAAUUAUUUUGUACAACGGUUAUUCGUAAUUAUUGUGCGGAUGACGGAGCAGAAGAAUCCGUCCGCAGUAUAUCUCUUCAUUUUUAUUUGUAUAGGUCAUUGUUAUAACUCAGGGCUACACAGUAAUCCGAUUUCUGAGCAACAAUCGCGAUGAAUGAUUUACAUCGAUAUUUGUUGUUAUCUUCGUUUGUUGUCUAUGCUCGUCAUAAAUCGCGUAUAUAACUGUUCUCAUUAUUAUUGUUAUUUCAUCCUCCCCCCCUUCCAAAAAAAAAAAAACAAAUAUACACCUCCAAAAUGUGUGUGCCACUACUUCCCUUCUGCUCCGAGACUUCUUAUUUAUAUUAUAUAAAAACUAUAUUAUUAUGAUAUCAUAUUCUUAUACUAACCUCUUAUAAUAUAUUGUUUUCGUUUACCAUCGCUUGCUGUGUACCGCUUAGUUUUUAAUUUUUUUGAUUUUUUUUUCGAUUUUCUGUACACCGAAAAAUAUUACGCACUACUCGCGUGUGUAGCGUUGGUUUCGGGAUAAUGUGCUGGACCCCGCGAAACCGAUUUUUAUUUAGUUAUCAUUAUGUUAUAGUUAUAUGUACCACAUUUUUUCCACAGAGUAUACCGAUAUCAUUACUAUUAAUAUUAUUAUUAUUAUUACUAUUAUUAUCGUUGUCAAUGAGAAACGUCUUACAACUGAUCUUUUAAUAUUAAGUUUAAAAUUAACCUUUUUUCUACGUCGAAAGCAAACUUCAUAAUCUCUUUUUCGGUUACCGAAAUUAAUUUAAUAAUACGUAGGUACCUUUAUAUAUUGUAAUUUUAAUAUUUUAAUUUUGUAAUGGAGGGGACGAAUGAAGUAAGAGCGAAGUAAAAAAAAAUUAAGAACAGUGUUACCCAUACAGGUACAUGUGCAUAAAUGGACGAUUUAACGAAAAAAAAGAAAGAAAGACGAAUUGAAAAUAAUUAUGUGCUGUAAGCCCGUAAAUUUAACUAUCACAACUUAAGCAUUCGUUAAGUACAUAUUGUGCCUAUGCGGAGUAAUUUAAAACUGCUCUUAAAUUUUUUUGUACUUGCGGCAAAAGGAUAUAAUUUAUAGUGAACGGUGAUGGUUUUGUGUAAAACACGUCCGAAUGCUCAAAUAUUAUUUUGUAUAAUUCUUUUUUAGAUGGAAAAAUUAUAUUUAAGUGAUAUUUAUUAAGGGACAUUUACGUGAGUGUAAGCGUAAAGAUAUUUUUCGAUACAUUUCUUUAUUUUGUUAACUUUUUUUUUUUUGUUUUUGAUUUUAUUUUAUUUUACUUUUUCAAAGUAGUUAUUUUAGUUAAACAGUUUGCAUUGUUUGCUAUACAUUCAUAUAAUAUACAUAAAUAAAUAAAUAUAUAUAAUUAUUAUAUACUUA